UUCGGUUUUAGACGUAGUAUCAGAGACUUGUGUUUUUUUAAAUUAGAUUUUUUUUUCAUGUUUAUGGAUGGAUUUUAGGCUUGUUUGGUGGAUCCAACACUGAAUUGUAUCAUAAGGUAUCUGAGGAAAUUAAAGUACUACCUGUGACACGCGCGAACAUUGCAUCAUCUUCCAUGUAGUACUGGGCAUGGAGUCCAACAAUGACAGUGUGAUCGAUGUCAUUGUCACCAAUGUGGUGGCCACGUUCAGGUCCAGAUGCCACCUCAACCUGCGGACCAUUGCCCUGGAGGGGAUCAAUGUAGUAUACAGGCCAGAUGCAGGGAAAGUCACCAUGAAGCUUCGAAAACCCAAGAUAACGGCCUCCAUCUGGUCCUCCGGGAAGAUCACCUGUGUCGGAGCCACAAGUGAGGAAGAAGCAAAGGUGGGCGCUCGCCGAAUAGCGCGCACGCUGCAGAAACUAGGCUUUGAGGUGAGGUUUUCGGCCUUCAAGGUGGUGAACGUGCUAGCGGUGUGCCACAUGCCAUUUGGAGUGCACCUCAACAAGUUUGCAAAUAAGAACCGUCCCAUUGUCAGUUAUGAACCAGAGAUCCAUCCUGCUGCCAUGUACAGGAUCGCAAACCUCAAAGCAACCAUCCAGGUGCACUCUACUGGCUGCCUCACUGUUACAGGACCAAAUGUGCAGAAUGUGGCUACAGCUGUGGAGCAGGUCUACCCACUACUAUUGGACUGUCAGAAACCCAAAUAGGAAUUUAAAAACAAACAAACGACAAAUAGUGCUGAGGAUGACUGAAGAAAUGAGCGAGUCUCGUUCCUUUUUGAGAAGAGAAGAAGCACCUUAACAUUGGAUUUGUUUGCCACAAACUUGAACUGUAUCAUGGCUGAGAUGCCAACUGGAUUAAAAAAAAUACACAUAUAUAUCACUCUGAAAUGAAAUGUGGGUUGUGUGGCUGUUGUGUUUUUAACAGCCUACACAUAAAUGUCUUCCAAAUCUCACCUGGCAACAGCAACUCAAGAGCCUUCAUUGGUCAACGUUGAUGAGCUUUUUUUGCGCAUGGACUCAGAAACGCUGACUUUUCAACAGUCUGGCCCCUUUCAAGUGCAAAACCAUGGUGGAUAAUCCCACAAGGCUGUUUGUUGACAAUGAAAAGCUACGCCUAAUCACUCCUGCCUAACCGUUUCGCUUCCUCGCGUUAACUUGCUUCAGUUGUCGGUUUGUGCUACAUAGUUGUGGCGUUUGGCUCAGAAAGAUCCCCUACUUAUUGUCCUAGUAACAGUUUGUGCACAUUUUUUUAAGGUUUAGGAAGUGCAUAAAAUGUAGAUAUGGUUCACAAUGUUUUGUUUGUCAGGUGGCAUCCACACACAGUGGGUGUGGCCAAAACACUUGAGUUCUUAAAGUUCCUACGAGACAAAAACAACACAGAACUGGUUUCAGAAAAAUUUUCACCAGGCAAAUGACAUUUUAAAACAAGAACAGUUAGACGAUAAAAUCAUUUCAAGGUUUUUUUUAGCAACACAAGAACUCUUAAAGUGUUCAAAGAUGUUAAACUGUGCUGAAUUGUGUGUAGAUUUGAUGCUCAAAGAUGUUCUAAAACCAGUGUUUUUAUUCGCACAGUGUUUUUGACAUGUUGUCAAGUAUGUGUGAUGGAGGAAUUUCCUGUUUUCCAAGGCUUUUGUGACACUUGUUCAUAAUUUUUGUAUUUUGUUAAAAAAGUUCCUUAUUAAAACGGGUCACCACA